GUGGGCUCAAAUGGAACAAACAUCAACAAACAUGGCGGCGGCCGCUUGCAGAAUGAGGUGCAGUCUUCGUUCAUCUCAAUUAGGCGCUAAUCAUGUCACCAAAAGCUUCCUCUACUGUAGGAAUUUUUGCACCUCGACCAAGAACACCGUUGACGAGGAGGAGAUCGAGAAGCUGAGUAGGACCACAAGUGACUGGUGGAAUCCGAAUGGCGACUUUUGUGCUCUUCAUUCUAUGAAUAAACUUCGAGUUCCCUUCAUAAAGAAAUCUCUGGAACAUCUUCAUACACAAGACUUCACCCCUUCGAAACCCUUAAGAGGCUCUAGAAUUCUAGAUGUGGGCUGCGGUGGUGGGAUACUGUCAGAGUCAUUGGCAAGAAUAGGUGCCGAAGUGACUGGGGUUGAUGCAUCUGCACGCAACAUACAUGCUGCCUUAAGACAUGCACGCCAUGAUCCAAUGGUGGCUGACAGAGUACAGUACAAGUGUACUACAGUAGAGGAGCUAGCUGACAAGGAACCAGAAUCUUUUGACUGUGUUGUUGCUUCAGAAGUUAUUGAACAUGUAACAGAUAAAGACACAUUUAUUUCUGCUAGUACUCAACUGGUUAAGGUGAGGAGAGGUGAAAGAGACAAAACAAAAGUCAAUCUGACUCAGUUAUGNGCCAUUUUUUAA